GCAGUUUCUCCUUUGUUUCCUUUGAAAUGGAAUGUUGACUGUUCGUUUACCUCUGUUGAUGCGGCGGGGCGGUUACAGGCUACACGUCAAUUGCAUCUAUCCGCCCCAAAUGGCGAGCAAAAUGUCCACAUACUCGCCGCUAAUGGCCAAGAACCUCUCUGUCGAGCCGAUGAACACCAACGAGGCGAAAUGGAUCACCUUGAAGAAAAUCACAUAUGAAGACCCGGCGGGCAAGCAAAGGCUUUGGGAAUCAGCCGAGCGACAGACGCGACCCCAGAAUGCCAAAGUCGACGCCGUCGGCGUAGUCGCCAUCCUCGACGACCCCAAAUCCUCCAAGGGACCCUCCCUGCUGCUUCAGAAGCAAUUCCGACCCGCCGUCGACAAAGUCACCAUCGAAGUCCCCUCGGGGCUGAUCGACGCGGGAGAAUCGCCCGCCGACGCCGCCAUCCGCGAGCUGAAAGAAGAGACGGGCUACAUCGCCACCAUCCCGUCCGACGCCAAAGCCGCCGAAGGCAUUCUGAUGUUCAACGACCCCGGGUUCUGCAAUACAAACACGAAAAUGAUCUUUGUGGAGGUGGACAUGCGCAACCCAAGGAAUCAAGAGGAGAAUUUAAAGCCCGAGCUGGAGGAGAGUGAGUACAUAGAGUGCUUUACACUGCCCUUGGACAACCUGUGGAAUGAUUUGGCAGAGCUCGAGGCCAAGGGCUUUGCGAUCGAUGCGCGUGUCGGGACAUUGGCGCAAGGCAUGGAAAUAGCGAAGAAGUGGAAGGAUGUGCUCAAGAAUGAUCCCUCAUAGAUGGCAUAGCGAGAUCGAAAGCGAUGGGAAGAUGCUUUCUUCCCCUUGCUGCCGUUGUCCACUACCGCGAGGUGCUCUAGAUUGUCCAUGUUUGCGCAAUAGAUGAUAGAUCUGGUAAUGCCGCUGGUUACUCAUGAAACCCGUCCGUUCCAUCGAAGGUCCCGGAUGUAUCCAUGAGCAUUCGCGCGCGCAGGAUCGGAGGGUGCAAAACUAAUACUUGCGCUCGUGAUAUG